AAAAUGGAUGAAGCAAUCUGUAUCAAAUAAUUUAUUUUAAAUGAUGGAAUAGAUGAGUAUGAUCAAAAAUAACAUUUUAGAUUCUCAUAACAACAUGUUGAAGAGGAAUCUUUAGAACAUUUAUAUUAUUCCAUUAUGUAGUGUCAAUCAAAUUGUGAUUAUAAUGAUUUCAAUUAAAACUUAAACUAGAAAAGAAGGAUUAAUGAUAUGAAGUAUCAUUUUUUAUCUUAUAGAUUCUAUCUAGAUUUUCCUAUCUCGAAGAUAAGAGAAUUUUAGAAUUGGUUAUUUAACUAGGACCCAAUUUCAAUAAAAUAGUUAAAUAUUUCCCAGGAAAAACAAUGAAUAUGAUCAAAAAUAGAUAUUAUAAAAAGUUAAGAUAUAAUAAGGAUGACUAUUUGGAUGACAAAGAAAAAACUAAAACAAAUCAUAAAGUCAAAAAAGACACUUGAAAAGAACCAUACACACAGAAU